ACGCAAUUUCUCUCAAUAGUUAUUAACAUUCCGGCAAAGAGUGCAGUGUAUCAAAAUGAAUAAAUUUGUUAUAGUUGCCGUUGUUUUGUUUUUAUGCAUAAACGUCUCAACAUGUGAGCCAGUUUGCUAUAAUCAAGCUUGUCCGGCAGGAACAACAAACUGUAAGAAAAAUAUUAGAUCUAGUCCAAACAGGAGAAACUUGGAAAUCAGGAUAAACUGUUUGGAUGAUUUUAAUGGAAGCCUCAAGGAAUACUUCUUCCAAGAGCCGAGUUCAAUGAAUCCUCAUACGCAUUACGAAAGCUCUUCGUUUUCUGCAGCGGGAGGUAUAAGGGAUGAUUACUACGUUGGAAACAAUGGUUUAGAAGAAUUUUUGAGAUAAAAAUACAUUAUUCCAUAAUAGCUUAUUUCGUAAAAAAUGUUAUGAAAUAUUGCGACACCUACAUAAUUAAUUUAA